UAUGGCAUUAAUAGCAUAUUAUAUCAGCGUGGUUUAUAUCCUGGUGACACAUUCAAGAGAGAGAAAAAAUAUGGACUAACACUACUGGUUACAAACGACUCGAAAUUGCAACAGUUUCUGGAACCUCUUCUGAAGCAAGUGGAAUUUUGGUUAAGCAAACGAAAGUUGAAACGCCUGGUUUUGGUCAUUUCGGAAAUCAAAACUAAAGAAGUAAUGGAAAGGUGGCAGUUUGACAUUCAGACGGAGGAAAUGAAUGAAGAGGGUGAAAAUUCGACCAGGCAGAAGGAUGAGAAGAAAAUCAAGCAAGAAAUGUCUGAUGUUAUUCGGCAAAUAACGGCAUCGGUUACAUUCCUUCCGUUGCUGGAAGAACCGUGCUCUUUUGAUGUCUUGAUUUACACGGGAAAGGAGACUGAAGCACCCAGCGAUUGGGUUGAGAGCAGUGCAUGCCUCAUAAAGAAUAGCGAACAGGUACAACUACGAUCCUUCUCCACGGCGGUGCACAGCGUGAACACAAAUGUACAGUACAAGGCUGAUUUUUGA